AUGGCUAAUCAACGUCUGCCCCCUUGGCUGAGAAGGCUUUUUCGAUUCUUGCACCCGCGGCUCCGCCACCGCUCAACCAGAUCCAGCGAGGCAGAGGCUGUGGUCCCAGCGCCUAGAGAGGCGGCCAACGAAGCGCCCGACGAAGUGCUGCCUAUCUGUUUUGACAUCCCAAUCCACUAUGUCUUCCCCAUGCUUGGUGUCCUCUCCAAGGGCAUCGUAUCGGCGCCGUUUGGCAAACGCUGGGAGUCGUUCGAGGAGAGAUUUCAGCAAUUCAUGGCAGACACCAACAGCCCAAUGGAAUCGGACCGGACCAACCCAUGCCGUCUGAUGUGGCUGCCGAUCGAGAUCCGUGCAAAGAUAUGGAAGUAUGUAUUCGAUGCAAACGAUGACGUGCUGAUCUUGGAUAAGUCCGGUAUCACUCCGAAGGUCAAAUAUCCCAUGCGGCUUGUCUCGUGCUUUUGGGCCGAAGAGACUUGGGCUGCAUACAUCAAUGCACUGGCGACUCGUACGUUGGUGGUGUUAGACUACCCUGAGCAUGGAUACCUUGAGAUGCCUUGCCCCAUCUUCGCCGACCUGGAAGAAGUCCGAAUCCGAGAAGUCAAGUUCGUGCUAGGCAACAAAAACGUGUCCAAAGCAGAGAUCCAAAUCCGCGAGUUUAUCACCUUCAUGUUAGUACACCGCGACUUGGGUCGUUUCACCGUUCGCACGGUUAUUCUCGAAUUCAAGGAAAACUGGGUCACAACUUUCUUUCAUGAGCUUCACAUCGCCGACCUGUUGACUUGUGCAUUCUAUGCAAUUGAGAAACUCCAGAUCCAUGGAUUGAUCACGGCAACGAGGGUGGGCCGUCUUCUGCACAGAAUCAAGAGGGCAGGUUAG